AUGAAAAACACGGGGACUUUAUUUGCUAACGAAGUGAAUGCUGCUCGUGCCAAAGCCCUUGUAGGAAACUGUCACCGUAUGGGCAUUGUGAAUACAAUCGUUUGCGUAGAAGAUGGACGGGUGUUUCCGAAAAUAAUGAAAAAUUUCGAUCGUGUCCUGUUAGAUGCUCCAUGUUCCGGUACCGGUAUUAUUGCCAAGGAUCCUUCUGUGAAGGCAUCAAAAACAAACGAAGAUAUAAUGCGUUGCACAGUACUACAAAAGGAGCUUGUCCUCGCAGCUAUUGAUGCGUGCAAAGUCGGUGGAUAUAUCGUCUAUUCUACCUGUUCCAUCCUGGCUAUGUACAAAGAACAGCACGUCGAAUUUCUUCUCGAUAAAGAGGACACGAUAACUCAUUAUUUGAACCUCGGGGAGAAGAAAGCCAUUCAGUUUGAUAAGGAGCAGAAAGAUGCUCUUGACGCUGCUCUUGCUGAGUUACCACACGCAGUUGCCAUUUCAGUCGCUGCCGGAGUGAACAACCUCAAGAAAGCACUGUCAGAGUUCUUCCGGCGUAAACUAGAGGACAAUCGUGUAAGUGCUGACGUAUCCCUUCACUACUAUUUUCCCCCGUGUUAUCUGUUGUUCAUGAUGACUAUAUGCCUUGAAUCAGACACUGAAAUCCGCGUUUGGUAG